AUGGCGACCUUUACGUCCUUUCUGGGAGUGGACGCUGCUGAGAAUGAAUGCAAAUAUAUUAAAAAGAAACUCAUAGGAACGGGCUCGUAUGGAGAGGCAUGGUUGGUUGAACGUCUGGAAGAUCACUCCAUAUUUGUGGCCAAAUUGAUGGAUUUGGGAAAAAUGUCUUCUCGGGACAAGCAGUACGCCUAUAGUGAAAUUAAGUGUUUGGCAAAUUGUAAUCAUCCGAACAUCAUUCGUUUUAUUGAGGAUCACGAGGAAAACGAUCAGCUGCUUAUUAUUAUGGAGUUUGCCGAUUCUGGGGAUCUUGAUAGGCAAAUAAAGGCGCGGUCUCAUGAUAAUUUCCGCCAUUUUCGAGAGCAUGAGGCAUUAUUUUUAUUCCUGCAACUUUGCCUUGCUUUGGACCACAUUCACAGUCACAAGAUGCUCCACCGGGAUAUCAAAAGUGCAAAUAUUCUUCUUACUUCGACAGGGUUAAUUAAGCUUGGUGACUUUGGCUUUAGCCAUCAGUACGAUGACACUGUCUCGGGUGUGGUUGCAAACACAUUUUGUGGGACACCUUACUACUUGGCACCCGAAAUAGGAACAAUCAAAGGUAUAGUAAAAA